GAAAAUGUUCAGUUUUAUUGUUUCGAGAUUAAGACCAAUAGAAGUUUGUAGAGAAUUCAACGGCGCAUCUUUUAAAAAAAGAUCAACGUUUUGUCAUUUUCCUGAACAGAGAUACAAGGAAAACAAGAAAUGUCGGAAAACUUUUGCUCCACCUGGUAGAUGAUUUUUGAUGAUAUUUUUGAAAUAGCCUCGUCAGUGUUCCACAGUAAAUAUUGGACUAACUUUUCACCUCCGCUACCAAAUGCGCUAAAAAUUUGGAUUUGGAGAUUUUAGAUGAUAUUGAACAAAAUGAGAACAAAACAUUAAAAAAAAAGUUUCUUGACGAGUGCUUUGGUUUUUUGAUGGUCUUAUGGAGGCUCUCUUAAAUAAAAAAAAUAUUUUGUAUUUUAUAUUUAUUUGAUUAGUUCAAAUUUGGAACAAUUUAAAAGAGAUCUUAUAUAUAUUGCUCGUACAACACUUUGUUCAAAAAUUCUUCAAGAAAAUAAAGAUCAUUUUUCAAAAUUAUGUGUUGAUGCUGUAUUAAAAUUAUAUAAUAAAAAUGAUUUACAAGAUAUUCAAAUAAUAAAAUGUUUAGGAAAUAAUCUUAAUGAUUCAUAUAUUGAACAUGGUUUUCUAUUAAAAAAACGUAAUGAUAUUAAUAUACCAAAACGUAUUGAAAAUGCUCAUAUUUUAAUUGCAAAUAUAUUAAUGAAUAUAGAUAAAGAAAGUGUAUCUGAUUCACCUGUGUCUGUUAAUCCAGUUACUGAAGAAACUGAAUUAGAAUCAGUUGAAAAAAAGCUAAUGAAAGAUAAUGUUGAAAAAAUCCUUCAACAUAAUUGUAAUGUUUUUAUUAAUCGAGAAUUAAUUAAUGAUUAUUCUAAAAAAUUAUUUACUGAAAAUAAUAUUAUGACUAUUGAAUAUACAGAUUCUAAAUGUGUUGAACGUUUAGCACAAAUACUUGGUAAAAGAAUAAAGAGUUUUUUAUUUAAAUAAAAAAAUUAAUUUAGAUGGAAUAUUGUAUCAACAUUUGACACACUAGAUAAAGUACGUUUAGGAAAAUGUAAUC